AGGUGAGCCAUCUUCCCCCGGCAGACAGGUUGAUACACUUUGAUAACGCUUUGACGAGUGGGAUAAGGGAAAAUCAUCCGGAUAUCCCGGUGUCAUUUGAAGGCAUAGAGGAUUUUAAGACGGACAACUGGUGACAGUUGCGAAGGGAGCUAUCUAAAGGACUCGUUUGAAUUUCUUCAUCAGAUCUGACUGAGGAAUAUGCCAGCUUUUACGUCAGACAGAGCCUCUAAUAUCAGCACAAAGAACGGAAAAAAAUGCUAAGAGCGUGGAUUUAGAUCAUAAUAUGAAACAAGCGUAACCUAGAUAUAUGCCUAAGUCCGGAAGAUAUGCGAUGUAAGAAAGUAUGUAGUCCUUAAUGUGCGGAAGGGUGUACAACAUCAGCAGUAAAUGUAAACAAACAGCUAUUCAAGCUAGUUGAACUUAGCCGACUGGAGGUUAGCUUUCUAAUGCUAGUAGAUAUAGCUAACAUAAGGUAGCACAGCGAAGGUAAAUCGAGCAAAAUAAGCCUGUAGUCGGAAAUAUAAACGAUAUUUAAUCGUAGUUUAACUGUCUACAGCGCAUGACAUGUUAAUAGUAUCCAAGUAGGCAUUUGUUAGCCUAUCUGCUAACGUUUGCUAAUUCUUAUUUCCAUUGCAGAUGAAAAUAACAUUAAAACUAGCUCAUUAAACGAGGAACAGAGAAGACACUUUGCAAUAUUAACACCACAGGUGUUUGACAUCUUCUUUCUUGUUUGAAAGACUCUUUCAGGAUCGUUAUAAUGCAGCAGUAGUUAAUGUUGAUACCCAGUGUGAGUUGAGCUAAAUGCCUGAAAAGAGUAGGACGUCUGGAUGAACGAAACCGCUUCGAGACUUCACGAGGCUUCACAUGUACACCAAUAAGCGUUUUUUUAACCUCUGUUUUCUAUUCUUAUUCGUGGCUGCAUGAUGAGAGAGUUUUUCAUUUUCUACUUUUGACAGGAACGUUGAUUUGUGAGUUUGAGUCGUUGGGCAUCUCAGCGGCAAAGUUGCCGUCAAAGACUUUUCACUAUUCAGAGUUUUUGGCUUUGAAUCCAAGUGUGGAAGGGAGCUUCACCUCUGCGCAGUGGCUUAUGCCGACUUAAAUCACAAAUAGCUACGUAGACAAAUACUAAUUGUAGUUGUGCUGUAUAUAUUUUUGCAGACUAUUCAAAGCAUUGUUAAAAAAAUUUGUAUGUGUUUGAGGCGAUAAGCCUCUCGGCAGUGAUUUGGUUGUUAGUGGUCUCCCCUCCCCCAGUGUUCAGACUGACUCUUUUGGAGCUGUGGGCACUGUUUGUCGGGCUUCCCCUUGUUUUUUAGACGGCAGAAAGGCCGUAGACUCAAAUCGCUGUCCCGGGACUCCUAACCUCUUUAAGAGUGGAUGUAAUGGAACUGAUGUUUGCCGAGUGGGAGGAUGGGGAGAGGUUCUCCUUUGAAGACUCGGACCGAUUCGAAGAAGACUCUCUCUGCUCCUUCAUCUCGGAGGCCGAGAGCCUCUGUCAGAACUGGAGGGGAUGGAGGAAGCAGUCUGCUGGACCCAACUCCCCCACUGUCAAGAUUAAAGAUGGUCAGGUGAUUCCACUGGUGGAGUUGUCAGCAAAACAGGUCGCCUUUCACAUCCCAUUUGAAGUGGUAGAGAAGGUCUAUCCUCCCGUCCCAGAACAGCUCCAGCUUCGCAUUGCCUACUGGAGCUUCCCUGAGAAUGAAGAGGACAUCAGAUUAUAUUCCUGCCUUGCUAAUGGGAGUCCAGAUGAAUUCCAGCGUGGAGAACAACUCUAUAGGAUCAGAGCUGUCAAAGACCCUUUGCAAAUUGGCUUUCAUCUCAGUGCUACAGUAGUCUCCACUCAGUCCAGUCAGUCUAAAGGAGCCUACAACGUGGCGGUCAUGUUUGAUCGCUGUCGCAUCACCUCCUGCAGCUGUACCUGUGGUGCAGGAGCCAAGUGGUGUGCCCAUGUGGUGGCACUCUGUCUCUUCAGGAUCCACAAUGCAUCAGCAGUGUGUCUUAGGGCUCCAGUUUCUGAGUCUUUGUCCAGACUGCAGAGAGACCAGCUUCAAAAGUUUGCCCAGUACCUCAUCAGUGAGCUGCCUCAGCAGAUUCUGCCUACAGCCCAGCGACUCCUGGAUGAGUUGCUAUCCUCACAGUCUACUGCCAUCAACACUGUGUGUGGAGCUCCAGAUCCAACAGCAGGCCCUUCAGCAUCGGACCAGAGCACCUGGUAUUUGGAUGAGUCAACCCUCAGUGACAACAUCAAAAAGACUCUACACAAGUUCUGUGGGCCUUCACCUGUUGUUUUCAGUGAUGUAAACUCCAUGUACCUGUCAUCCACUGAGCCACCAGCAGCUGCUGAAUGGGCAUGUCUGUUGCGACCUCUGAGGGGUAGAGAGCCAGAAGGCAUCUGGAACCUUCUGUCCAUUGUCAGGGAGAUGUUUAAGAGGCGAGACAGCAAUGCUGCCCCGCUGCUGGAGAUUCUCACUGAACAGUGCCUCACCUACGAACAGAUCAUCAGCUGGUGGUAUAGCGUUCGCACAUCAGCGUCACACAGCAGUGCUAGUGGUCAUACUGGCCGGAGCAACGGACAGUCAGAAGUAGCCGCUCAUGCCUGUGCAAGCAUGUGUGAUGAGAUGGUGGUUCUUUGGAGGCUGGCAGUGCUCGACCCCACUAUGAGCCCCUGCAGGCGUUUGGAACUGGCCGGUCAGCUGAGGCAGUGGCACCUGAAAGUUAUAGAGAUAGUGAAGCGGGGACAGCAUCGCAAGUCCCUGGAUAAACUGUUUCAAGGCUUUAAACCUGCUGUGGAGUCCUGCUAUUUCAACUGGGAGGUGGCCUACCCAUUGGAUGGCAUUACCUACUGCAGUGCAGAUAAGAAGAGUGCCACGUUCUGCUGGUCCAGGGCAAUGCUGCACCAGAGAGGAAUCAAGUCGCCUGCAGGAGGUGGUGUUGACUCUUCUGAAUCAGGGGCCAGAGCUGAAGGCGGACCGGCAGGAGAGUAUAAAGGCAGGGCAAAUAGUAACUCCACACAACAGGAGGUAGCAGUGCGACCAAAGGAGACCAUUCUGACCAAGAGGAAGGGUCUGUCAGUGAGUGGAGGUGGAGGGAUGCUUGUUCGACUGGGAGCGAGUGUCUCACUAUCCCUGGAAGAUGGAGGUGGAAAGUGCAUGUACAAAGGCCCAGGUUCCUCCUCUGGAGGAAAGUUGAAACUGACUCAGGGAGGUGGGAAGGGGGCAACUGGAGGAGGACCUGGCGGUGGUGGAGGAUUAGGAAGUAGUAAGCAUACAAGUGCCAAACGCAGAACUAGUAGUGAAGAUAGCUCCUUGGAGCCAGACUUGGCUGAGCUCAGUCUGGAUGACGGCUGCAAUCUGGCUUUGGGGGCUGAGGCUAGUAACACUUUCGAGUUUCUCCCACCACCACCAGAGAUGUUGCCCUCUCCAAGUCCACUGCUCCGAGAUUCACGGAAGUGCAACAGUGGAGGGAGCAAGAUUUUUGAAACAAAGCAUAGCAGCCGUGACUCUGCAGCAAUUGCUGCUGCAGAGACUGCUCCACCUUGUUUCCCUUUGAAAGAGAAUGGAGUGAUAGUUGUGGGCAUGCCCAGCACAGCAGAAAAGGAAGCCGAGGUGGAGCCAGCACUUAACAGAGAUGAAGAUGUAGAUUCAGCUGGUAGUAACCAGCCUUUAGUUUCAGCAGUUACAGUGAGAUCAGGCACCCCUCAAACAUCUGCUAAGCCAGUGCUGGGCUGCAAAGAGUUGGUGUCUGCUGCAGCAGUAGCAGGAAGUGGAGCAGUAGUGGUAGGUGGAGCAGCUCCUGAAGGAGCCGAAGCUGUACGUGCAGCUGCUGAAGGAGAAGCUGUGGGUGAAGAUGACUACCAGGCAUACUAUCUGAGUGCUGCCUCAGAAGAGGGUGUAGACAGACAGCUAGCUGACAACCAUCAGGAGGAGGAGCCAGACAUCUUUGCAGGGAUCAAACCACUGGAGCAGGAGGGACGCAUGGAGGUGCUGUUUGCAUGUGCUGAAGCCCUCCAUGCACAUGGGUACAGUAACGAGGCAUGCAGGCUGGCUGUGGAGCUGGCUAGAGAUCUUUUGGCCAACCCUCCAGAUUUGAAAGUGGAGCAGCCACAGACUAAGGGGAAGAAGAGCAAGGUGUCAACCACCCGCCAGACACAGGUAGCCACUAAGACACUGUCAAAAGCUGCCUUCCUCCUGACAGUUCUCAGUGAGCGACUGGAACUCCAUAAUCUGGCCUUCAACACUGGCAUGUUCUCACUGGAACUCCAGAGACCACCAGCAUCUACCAAAGCUCUAGAGGUGAAGCUGGCCUACCAGGAGUCAGAGGUGGUUGCUCUGUUGAAGAAGAUCCCUCUGGGUCUGAUAGAGAUGUCCGCCAUCAGAGAGCGAGCAGAGCAGCUCCGGGAUGGAAACUUUUGUGAUUACAGACCUGUGCUACCUCUCAUGUUGGCCAGCUUCAUCUUCGAUGUACUGUGUACCCCAGUUGUGUCGCCAACGGGUUCCCGUCCACCAAGCCGCAACCGCAACAAUGAGAUGCCUGGAGAUGAGGAGCUGGGUUUUGAGGCUGCUGUGGCUGCACUUGGUAUGAAAACCACAGUCAGCGAGGCAGAGCAUCCUCUGCUAUGUGAAGGAACUAGACGAGUGAAGGGUGACCUGGCCCUGGCUCUCAUGAUCACCUAUAAGGACGACCAGAGCAAGCUUAAGAAGAUAUUGGAUAAGUUAUUGGACAGAGAGAGUCAGACCCACAAGCCCCAAACUCUAAGCUCCUUCUACUCAAGCAAGCCAGCAGCUGGCAGUCAGCGUAGUCCAUCCAAACAUACAUCCUCCAGCCACAGUGGGGUGGGUGGGGCCACAGGAGUGGUCUCCAAACAUGCUACGUCAUCUUCCUCAGCAUCUACUUUGGUGGCUUCAUCCUCAAACUCUUCCUCUGCUCUGACAAUUGGCGGAGAGGGGGUGGCUCCUCAGGCUGAUCUGAACCCAGUGCCAAACAACACAGCAGGGGAGAGUGCCGCUGAGACCAGGGAGCAUGAUGGGCCUUCAUCUUCAAGUGACCAGCAGAAUGACAUUGCUUCAUUUAAGGAGGCCACAGUGCCCAGUCGGUUGGCACUGGGGGCACGCUGUGGAUAUAGCCAACGCUGCUGGGGCUCACCUGUACGGCAGAAGAAAAAACACACUGGUAUGGCGAGUAUUGAUAGCAGUGCUCCAGAGACCACCUCAGACAGUUCUCCUACUCUCAGCCGGCGGCCAAUGCGGAGCGGCUGGGCAGCAGCAUCUUGGGGGCGGGGUCAGGACAGUGACAGCAUCAGUAGUUCAUCAUCUGAUUCUUUAGGCUCCUCCUCCUCCAGUGGCUCUCGCAGAGCAGGAGGUGGGGCCAGAGCCAAGAGCACGGACACAAGCAGGUACAAAGGACGACGUCCUGAGUGUCAUGCCCCCCAUGUGCCCAAUCAGCCCUCAGAAGCAGCAGCUCACUUUUACUUUGAACUGGCUAAGACUGUGCUGAUCAAAGCUGGAGGAAACUCCUCCACCUCCAUUUUCACUCAGCCCUCAGCCAGCGGGGGGCACCAAGGUCCACAUAGAAACCUGCACCUAUGUGCCUUUGAGAUUGGCCUGUAUGCUCUUGGCCUCCACAAUUUUGUAUCACCUAACUGGUUGUCCAGGACCUAUUCCUCCCACGUGUCCUGGAUCACGGGCCAAGCCAUGGAAAUCGGCAGUGCUGCCCUCAACAUUUUGGUGGAAUGUUGGGAUGGUCACCUGACCCCUCCAGAGGUGGCAUCCCUUGCGGACCGAGCAUCGCGAGCAAGGGACCCCAACAUGGUUCGGGCAGCAGCAGAGCUGGCCUUGAGCUGCUUGCCUCAUGCUCAUGCCCUCAAUCCUAAUGAAAUCCAAAGAGCUCUGGUGCAGUGUAAAGAGCAGGAUAAUGUCAUGCUGGAGAAGGCCUGCAUGGCAGUAGAGGAAGCAGCUAAGGGUGGAGGUGUCUACCCCGAGGUUCUGUUUGAGGUGGCUCACCAGUGGUACUGGUUGUAUGAGCAGUCAGUAGGUGGAGGAUCAAGCCAGCAACGGGAAACAUCCGGCCGAUGUGGGGCAAACGGCGGUUCGGGCAGGAGGCCCCCAGAGUCUAGCUGUGGUGUUCUUGACAGUGGAGCCAACAUGGAGUCUCCAGGGGUAGCAACAGUCACAGCUUCCGUCACUGCAGCCGCUGUUGUACCAGUUAUCUCUGUAGGGUCCACCAUUUACCAAUCCCACGCUAUGCCUGGCCAGGCUAUGGCUCACCCCCACACCCCGGGCCUCCACCCAUACACCACUAUCCAGGCCCAUCUCCCCACCGUCUGCACGCCCCAAUACCUAGGGCACCCUCUGCAGCAUGUCCCCCGGCCCACCGUCUUCCCUGUGUCUGGGGCUGCAUAUCCACAGGGAAUGCACCCAGCAUUCAUUGGUGCCCAGUAUCCAUUCUCAGUGGCCACUGGCCCCCAGCCAUCAAUGGCAGCCACGGCUGUCACCUUCCCUGGUGUUCCUGUACCGUCCAUGACUCAAAUUGCUGUCCACCCCUACCACACCGAGGCUGGUCUGCCACUCAGCACCACUGUAGCAGUUGGUGGUGUUCACCCUGGCCCCACCAUCCAGGCCAUCCAGGGAGCGUCUCUGCCCUCUCUAUCCUCUCAGCCUGGCUCCUUGGUCAGCAGUCCUUUCCCAGCAGAAGAUGAGCAGCACAGCCAGCCCAUUAGCCAACAAGGCCUGCACUACUUGCAUUCUGCUUAUAGAGUUGGCAUGUUGGCAUUAGAGAUGUUGGGCAGAAGGGCUCACAAUGACCAUCCCAACAACUUCUCCAGGAGCCCUCCUUAUACUGAGGACGUCAAAUGGUUGCUGGGACUUGCUGCCAGGCUAGGAGUCAACUAUGUGUACCAGUUCUGUGUUGGAGCAGCAAAAGGCGUCCUCAGUCCAUUUGUCCUGCAGGAGUUAAUCAUGGAGGCCUUGCAAAGGCUGAACCCUGCCCACAUCCAUGCCCAUCUUCGAACACCUGCUUUCCAACAACUUGUCCAGCGCUGCCAGCAAGCCUAUCUGCAGCAUAUUCACCACCGGCUCAUCCACCUGACACCUGCUGACUACGAUGACUUUGUCAACAUGAUCCGCAGCGCACGAGGUGCUUUCUGUCUGACUCCUGUGGGUAUGAUGCAGUUUAAUGAUGUGCUGCAGAACCUGAAAAGGGGCAAACAGACCAAGGAACUAUGGCAGCGUAUAUCCCUGGAGAUGGCAACCUUCUCUCCGUGAGCAGCACACUCAAAAUCUGCUCGGCGUCAGCCUGGGCCAAGAAGUCCCAUCCAGCCUCCAGCAUAGCUACUGCCACUGCACUGAGCUGACCACACUUACGUGUGAUUUUGUUAGGGCCAUUGCUCCCUGCUCCGAGGACUCAGUGAAGCGCACAUAGGCAGUGCAAUCGACUCCCAUUCCCCAAUUCACAGACUUACUUUUGUUUUUUUUUGUUUGUCCACCAGAGCGUUGUGAAGAAGCCUGGUCACUUACCUGCUCUUCCUGGCUGAUGUUUUAUCAUUGUUUAUCGUUAUGUAAAUGUGGAAUUCCAGUGUACUCCUUCCUUUCUUCAUUUCUCCUCAACUUAAGACUGACAGGGAUCUCUCCCCCUCAUCCUCACUUCAUUUUCACUGUUUUGUAUUCUGUUUUUAGUUUUGUUUUAAAGGAAACCACUGCGUGAGUUAUUUUUAUGCUGCAACAUUCCUGUGUAGUGGUAGAUGCUUCACUCACCAGAGUCUUGUCACCAUGGAUUUGAAUCAUUACAGUGUGGGACAAAACAAUGAUUUGUGAGAAGAAAAAAAAAGUUUAAUAUGAAGCAUUUUAUUGUCCCUAUUGGUGAGGAUUUUUCAGUAUUUUGUUUAAUCUUUUUUUGAUACUUUGUAAUAGGCUAUGACACGUAAGCAAAUAGGAAUGGGACGAGAGUGAGGGAAUGCUGAAGGUGCUUUUUCUGUUAUGUGGGAUACAUUUGUACAUUUUAGCCUGCCUGAGAAGUGACAUGUGACAGCUCCAGACCAAAACCAGAGGCCACCUCACCACUGCUUAGGCAAACAAUGUCUGCAAGGCCUUCUCGAGCUACACUGUCCAACAGUCAAAACACCUUAUCAGUCCCAUUUGGGCUAAGUUGUUUGUUUGUUUUAAAAUAAUUUUCCAAUAUAGAAUCCCUAGAUUUCCAGCAGCUGUCAGAACAUUUAAUAGAUCUUUUAUAUAAAUAGAAAAAUGCUUUAAGGCAAACUAGAUUUGCUUAAUCUAGUUUACAAUGCUGUCUAAACACAGCUACUAAACAGACUCCUGACUAAAAUGUAAUAAAAAGAAAUUAGAAUAGCAUGACCAUAAAUAUUAAAAUCAUGCAUCCAGCCCUCCUUCACCGCAUCUAAAGCACUGACUAGUUUAAAUGCACGGAAUACAGCAGUGUGGAUGUGGAUGGCAGACCUAUUGGAAGCAGCAUUGUCCAUUUGACUGAUCCACAUCCUUUUUCAUCCAAAGUUUUCCAUAUUGUAAAAGCCAAACAUACCGUGUAAACACUCCUUUAUAAGCCUUUCGUUUGUCCAGUGAUAUGGAGUGCAUUUGCCUUGUUCUGAUGCACCAAACAGAACUAAAACCACUGUUUGGAUGAUUGAAGUGUAAAAGAAAAACUUUCUGGCCGCACUCAGAAAAACCCAGAUAAGCCACACAAAACUGAAAUGUGUGCUUUAUUAUUCAUGUGCCUGUUUUUGAAGGCUAGGAAUUUGGUUCAGCAAUUGUACAUUUUUAGUGCAAACCAUACACAGUGGACAAGUCCCAGACAUCGCUAUCUCACCUUUCAACCACAUUUGUUUUCUCUGCAGAUUACACUGACAUCUAUUACAGUGUAAUCAGUACCAGUCACCAUAUCAGCUUAGCGUUUUAGGUUGUCCGAGGUCCUGAAUUAUAUGCUGCUCAUGCUUUGUAUACACUGUCACACAUGUACAGUGUAGCUAAUCAUCUAAAACCCAAAUGUUCUGAGACUAUUACUUUGGCACCACGUUCUCUUAAUCAGACAUGGCUUUGGUUUUGCUCUGGAAAGUGCUGUCUUCUUUGUUUUCAGUUUUCUGGUCCACUUAAGCCUCAACACUCUUCAAGACAGUUACCAGACACAUAUGACACAGUGUGUUUGAGUGGCCCUCUUCUUCGAUGUGGUUAGCUCAUAGCCCAUGGUGCUGUUACUUCAAGACAUGUUGACACAGUCCAGGCAGCUGCUGUGGUUCUGAAACUGGCUCAUUGGUUCUGGACCUCACAGGUGAAGGUGACGUAGUAGAAAAUGUACUGUGAUAUUUUUGUAUUUCUCAAAAGUGUAGUUCGAUUGAAAAGUUGUAUAUGUGCUGAUUGCAAAAGGUUCUAAUUGAGAGUGCAAAGACAAAAAAAUAAAAGCAAUAGUAAAAGUGUAGAGUUUACUUUAAUAAAGAUCAUUG